CUGGGCAGAACAUAAGCUCAUCAGAAGCAGUGACAUCCAAGAGCCCUGAGAAACCCGAAGAACAAUUGAGAGAAGCCUCCUUUGCCAACGCGUUGCCCACUAGGGCUGCACGUGGUACCCCCACUCCAAGAUGCUUCCCAAAAACACCAGGACCAGGCAGUUAAAUGGCACCUGUACCAGCUCGGUGGACAUGGAGCUCUUCCUUCAUUACUCCCUCAUCCCAUCACUCUUCAUCAUUUUGAUCUUGUCCUUCCUCCAAAGACGAGAGCAUCGUAGACAGAGAGAUGAUACCUCUUACCUGCUGGGGAACCGCUUUGGCAUUAUCAUGCCUCUGGACUUCGUGGGCACUUUCAGUAACCGAUGGUCCUAUGGAAUCGCCUUUGGGGCCACAGCUAAUAAGGUCAUGUUUUUGUUCUCAGAAGGCUACCAGCCCCUGCAGAUCCCGCAGUGGGCCCAAGGUACUAGGGCUGCCUCAUACCUGCUGGAAACUACAUCAUGGAAAUUCUUGCAGUCAGAGACCACAUGGCCCACGCUCUCUGGGAUUAGGGGAUAAACUCUGUGAAUGGUCAUGUUCUUGCCAGCCUGUUACUUGCCCAAGGUCAACAUCUAGCCCACAAAUCUUCGAAGCUUCUUUGUGGGGCUCCAGUUACAUUCAGAGGUCCUUUAGAUAUGAUGUAUCAAGUCUGAGGAAGUAUGUUCUUCCUCACCUACCUGCCAAAAGCUCUCCUGUGUCAUAACCAUGGCUGCCUUCUUGAUAUUGAUGAGCCCUAUUCCUCCUCAAAUAACAAUGCUUAUGUUUUUGGCCAUUAGUCUGAGGUGUCAUCUUUCCCCAUGCCCCAUGCUCCCUCUGAAGGAGUGUAACUCUAAGCUACAAGUUCACUUUUCCUUUAUACAAUCAUUCUCAAACCUCUCUGUCCAGUAUAGUUUCCUCUCAUGGGCUCCGAGCCUAUAUGAUCAAAUGCCCACUAACAGGUCAUUAGUCUUUAAGAAAAUGCAAAUUAAAACCAAAAUAAUAUGUCAUUACACACCUCUUAGAAGUACACAGUUUGAGAAGUUUUGGCAAAUGUUUACAUCAAUGAAACCAUCACCACAAUCAGGAUAAGGAAUCCCAGAGAUUCCCUUGUUCCCCUUUGUAAUCUCCCCUUUCCUCCCCUCUUCUGUCACUGCCCUCAUUUACAAGCAACCACUAAUCUACUUAGUUUGCAUUUUCCAGAAUUUUGUAUAAAUGGAAUCAUACAGAAUGUACUU